UUGCAAUAUUUUUUUUAUUAUUUAAAUAUUUAUUUUAUUCAUACAACAGAAGAAAACUUGAUUAAAGACAUAACUAAAACAGUGAUUUAUUUAAUUACCUUGUAGUAAGUUGAAAGACUCUUAUUAAAUGGAGUGUAAUUAUAUUUUAUUGAAUGUUUCCAAAAAAAUUACGUGGGAUCUAAAACAAGAAUCACAUUUUAAUUAAUCAUCUAUCAUUCAAAUACAUACUACUAGAUCAAUUACAAAUUUAUUGAAUCUUCAAAAAUAAAAAACACCAUGAAAGUGAACAGCACAGCAGUGGAUGAGGAAAAGUCAACAUACUUGGGCUUUGAUUUAAGUACCCAAAAGCUUAAAGCCGUGCAGCUAAAUAAUGAACUUAAAGUUUUAGUUACCGCUGAAGUGCAAUUCGACUCAGAUCUACCAGAGUUCCGUACCACGGGAGGUGUUAAUGCUGGUUCAAGAAAGAAUGAAUAUUUUGUACAACCAGUUAUGUGGGUGAAAGCGUUGGAUAUUGUAAUGGAUCGCUUGGUUAUGGAAGGCGCUGAUUUAAGUACUGUGGUAGCACUUGGAGGCUCAGCACAACAACAUGGAUCAUUAUAUUGGUCACGUCAUGGCGUAGAGACUUUAAAAAACCUUGAUCCAGGUAAAUUCCUGCAUUUACAAGUGGAUGAUUCAGCAUUCGUUCUGACACGUACGCCGAUAUGGAUGGAUGGAUCGGCAGAGAACCAGUGCCUUGAAAUGGAAAUGGCUAUUGGGGGUCGUACGGAAAUGGUCAGCUUAACGGGAAGUAAAUGCUAUCCACGUUUUACCGGACCCCAGAUCCGAAAAGUCUAUCAACAACGGACACAUGCGUACGAAGAUUCAAAACGCAUUUCGUUGGUUAGCAGCUUUUUAGCGUCAAUAUUUUUAGGCGAUGUAGCACCUAUUGACUACGCAGAUGCUUCGGGAAUGAAUUUAUUUGAUAUUAAUACAAAAACAUGGUCAAAAGCAUGUUUGAAUGCGUGUGCCCCCGAUUUGGAGGAACGUCUGGGUACACCGGUGAAAACAAGUUCCAUUAUAGGAAACAUAUGUGAGUUUUUUGUCCAACGUUUUGGCAUGCCUGAAACAUGCAAAGUGGCCGCCUUUACCGGUGACAAUCCGUCUGCUUUGUCUGGUAUGUUGGUUGAAAAGGAUUGUCUAGUAAUGUCAUUGGGCACCAGUGACACAUUAAUGAUGAAUUUAGAAAAGCCACCUGUAUUAGAGGAAGGUCACGUUUUGUGCCAUCCCACCGAUGAAGAUCAAUUCAUGGGACUGUUAUGCUUUCGUAAUGGUUCGUUGGUGAGAGAUGCUUUUAAACGUUCAGAGGCUCAAAAUAGUUGGCAAAUAUUUAGUCAACUGCUGGAUUCUACACCACGCGGUAACUAUGGGAAUAUGGCAAUACAUUUCCACACAAUGGAAAUAAUUCCCACAGCUAAAGGUACAUUGCGUUGGAAUAAAAAUCAUACAGCUUCUUCACCAGAUGCUGCAAAGGGAAUUAGCAAAUUUACAUCGCCCGAAGCUGAAAUCCGAGCAUUGAUAGAGGGGCAAAUGCUACAUCGCAGAGCAGUUGCAGCCGACAUGGGAUUUCACUUUGGCGAAGAGACAAAAAUCAUUGCCACUGGAGGGGCAUCUGUGAAUAAGUCUAUAUUGCAAGUAAUUUCAGAUGUUUUUAAUGCUCCAGUUUAUAUACAGAAAGCAAGUGAGGCCGCCUUGCAGGGUGCGGCGUAUCGGGCAAAGUAUGCAAAAUAUGUAGACGACUUGAGGCAGGAUAUUUCCAAUAUGAGUAAAACAAAUCAGAAUGCGGGCGAUGAAAUAGAAAAGGAGGAUACAAAGUCCACUGUUGACAUUUUAAGUUAUUAUGAUUUUAUAAUAAGUUAUCUUCCGAAUUUCUUGGAACGUGUAUGCGAACCUAGUAAAGACAGCGACGAAAUAUACACCCCCAUGUUAGAACGUUAUCGUCAAAUGGCCAAUAUACUGCAAUCAACCAAAUGAUAUUAAUACUUUCGGAUAUUAUAAAAAAAAACUUACUACAUACAACUAUAAAAGAGUAAUAAUAAUUAUAAAGAGAUUUGAACCGAAUCUUUUUUCAUACAAAUCAAAUUCCUUAAAGCUAUUGUGUAGUUUUCAUUUAUUGUUAAUUUGCCUUACGCAUAUUUAUAAAGAAAUAACAAGACACGUUUGUUUUUCGAAUUUAUUGAUAAAAGUGCAAUUGAAUAUUUUUAAAAUAAAACUACAAAAACACUUUA